AUGAUUGCUGAAUGUACAAUAAGUGUUCUCUCAGUAUGUUUUUUCUGUUUUUCCCCUUCUAGAAGUCUAGAAAAACGUGGAACAGUGAGUAAAAGGAGCAAGGAAUUAAAAGAAGUUAUCUUUGUCAUCCAGAGUCAAAGCAAUUCCUUUCAUUCCAAGAGAGCAGAAGAUCUAAAAAGAGAUAUUUUAAAACAGACUGCAGAUCUUGGAAAGGAAUUACCGACUGUGCUGCUUAUUCAUCAGAUGGACAGGCAUGAAGGUGCAUGGACCAUAUUACCACUAAUGAAAGAUUUCUCUGUUGCCUAUGGUAGGAACUCCUCAUGGAUUUUCUUCUGUGAAGAAGAUACAAGAAUACAAGUUGUAAAGCUGCUAGAAAUACUUAGAAGAUUUGACACCUCUAAGGAGUGGUUUUUAGGUAAAGCAUUACAUGAUGAAGAAUCUACAAUAAUUCACCACUAUGCCUUUGCUGAAAAUCCUACAGUCUUUAAAUUUCCAGACUUUGCUGCUGGUUGGGCACUUAGCAUUCCGCUCGUUAACAAGCUUGCAACUAAGUUGAAAAGUGAACCACUCAAGUCAGACUUUACAAUAGAUUUAAAACAUGAGAUUGCCCUGUAUAUUUGGCAGAAAGGGGAUGGACCACAUCUUACUCCAGUGCCUGAAUUCUGCACAGGUGAUGAAAGCUCAGAUAGGGUUGAUCAGUGUGCAACAACAUUCAGUAACUUUAUUCCACUUUGUGUAAGGAGAGCCAGUAAAAAAGAAGAUGUCUUUGUUGCUGUAAAAACAUGUCGGAAAUUUCAUGGAGACAGAAUACCAGUUGUAAAGCAGACUUGGGAAAGAGAAGCUGCGCUUAUUGAAUACUACAGUGAUUACAGAGACAUCUCCAUUCCUACUGUAGAUUUAGGUGUACCUAAUACUGAAAGAGGUCACUGUGGGAAAACUUUUGCCAUUUUGGAAAGGUAUUUGAAUCAUAGCUCUCCCAGAACUCCGUGGUUAGUCAUAGUGGAUGAUGACACACUGAUAAGUAUCUUCAGGCUCCGAAAACUGCUCAGCUGCUAUGACCCAAAUGAACCAGUAUUUCUUGGAGAGCGAUAUGGUUACGGCUUGGGAACAGGAGGAUAUAGUUAUAUCACUGGAGGAGGAGGAAUGGUUUUCAGCAGAACAGCUGUUCAGAGGCUGCUUGCUAGUAAGUGCCGGUGUUACAGCAUGGAUGCACCUGAUGAUAUGGUCCUGGGGAUGUGUUUCAGUGGCUUAGGAAUCCCUAUAACACACAGUCCGCUAUUCCAUCAGGUCAGAGAGUUAUUUUUACUAGUGCUUAAAAUAUAUUUUGUUCUUUUAAUUGUAUGCACAAAAUAAGAGUCAUAAAUAUUA